AUGGCAACUGCUGCAGGAAGACGUGGAACAUUUUUUGGAACUGAGAAAGUCACAUCUCUUGACGAACCAAAGAUGUCGGUUAAAAAUUUCUUGAGUGAAAAGAAUUCCAAAUAUGAUCAGGAGAAUAUUCCCAAUGCUACAAAAAAUGGAACUGCGGUUAAUAUCCCGGAUUCCUACGUUGGUUAUUCAAACCUUCCUGAUCAAGCUUUCCGACGUGCUGUCCGUCAAGGUUUUGAUUUUAAUCUGAUGAUUAUUGGCGAGCCUGGUCUUGGAAAAUCUACUUUCGUGAACACUCUUUUUUUAACCGAUAUUUACGGAGCUAAUUAUCCUGGACCUUCGGUGGUAGCUAAAGAUAAGGUGGAAGUUCGCUCUACAACUGUUAAACUUGAAGAGGAUGGUGUUUUUCUCCGCCUAUCCGUCAUUGAUACCCCCGGUUUCGGUGAAAGCGUUGACAAUUCAGAAUGCUGGAAGCCCAUUGUCGACUAUAUCGAUGCUAAAUUUGACGAUUACAUGACUGCAGAAGGUCGAGUUAGUAGGGAUUCAAGAAAGGUAAUCGAUAGCCGUGUUCACGCCUGCCUGUACUUCCUCGCUCCUACUGGCCACAGACUAAAGACUCUUGAUUUUGAAUGUCUGAAGCGUAUUCAAGGCAAAGUGAAUAUCAUUCCAAUAAUUGGAAGGUCUGAUUGUAUGACCCCAGAGGAGUGCAAAGAGUUUAAGAAGAAUAUUUUGGCUGAUCUACUAAAACGUCAAAUCAAGAUUUAUGAUUUCGUUGAAGAAGAUAAGGCCAACCGUGAGACUAAAUCGGACCCUGAAUACCUCAAGAUGAGAUCUCUUAGAGACCGUAUUCCUUUUGCAGUUGUCGGUGCGAAUUCUUAUGUUACAAACGGUGCUGGAAAUAAGGUUAGGGCUCGAACCUAUCCUUGGGGAACUGUUGAAGUAAACAACGUUGAACACAACGACUUUGCCGUUCUCUCGUAUUAUUUGAUUAAGGAGCAAAUGCAGAAUCUCCGUGAAGUGACCCAUCGUCGCCACUAUGAGAACUACCGAGCGGCCAAGCUCUCUGGCAUUGCAGAGGGCAGCAAUUUCAAGACGCACGAUGGUCAGGACCCAAUGAUGCUCAUGGACGCAGAGAAGCGUGAACAUGAAGCAAAACUUCGCAAGAUGGAGGCCGAUAUGGAAGCUGUCUUUUCUCAGAAAGUAGCCGAAAAGAGCGCCAAACAACGUGAAUUCGAAGCCGAUUUGGUCUGCAGAGCCGAACAGAUGCGUGACCAACUGCGUCAGGACGAAACUGCAUUAGAGGUUGAACGCAGAGCCUUUGAAGAACGACGUUCUCAAUGGGAGGAAGCCUGGCGCGAAUGGGAUAUUGUUGGUGGUGCUUCCACAGAUUCCGGUGUUCCAAUGGGGGGUCUUGGUGAACGUGUCCUUUCAGAAGUCAUUAAGGAACGAAGCAAAACGGAGAAGAAACGUAAAGGUCUCUUCUAA